AUGUGGGGAAAACUUGUCCAUUUGACUGCCGAUGCUGUACUUGUUUCUACUGUUCUAGCUGGUAUCAAACGAAACACUGGAUUACAACCUAAAGUAGCCACUAUUGAAAAUGAUGAUCUCCAAUCCUAUGUACAAAAGUAUUUGAAUGUUGGUGAAUGGGUAUUGGAUAACAGUAUUGUGUACAUGAACAACUCUUCCUAUUUUGAACGCAAGAACUGA